AUGGACAGUAAAAACCAUACGAGUGAUAGGGCUAGGGCGUACCCCACAGGCGACGCGCAGGGGCAGCACCCGGCUCCUGUGGGAAAUGGACAAGGGUUGUCGCACCGGAACGGGCGGGUGCGACGUAAGAAGCGAGCUCGAAGUGUGAGAGAGUUAAGAUUGAGGUGUGCAAGAAAUCGGAACGCUGAUGGCGAGGCACUUUUACAAGCUGCCUGUGCCUUCGACCUGGCUAUAACAAACACGUGGUUUAAGAAAAAAGAGGAACACCUAAUAACCUACAAGAGUGUACACCACGCGACACAGAUAGACUACUUCCUAGUGAGGCGGAGGAGUCUAUGCUGUGUCAAAAACUGUAAAGUGCUGCCAGGCGAAUCAUUAGUCGCCCAAAAUAGGCUUGUGGUAAUGGAGGUUAAAUUAAGUGUCUCCCCCAGAAACAGCCAAACACAGCCCCCUCCAAAGACAAGAUGGCGUAUGUUAGAGAAUGAUGAAUGUGCUAGUAGAUUUAGGAACCAUAUAGUGGAGAAAAUGAUAGAAAUGAAUGAGAUGGAAGAGAAAUUGGUAGAUGAAUGUUGGAAUGAGAUGGCCAGGCACAUAAGGAAGGUCGCAAAAGACGUGUUUGGAGAGUCGAAAGGAAAAGGGCGGUGGAAUGAAGAAGUGCAAAAUGUACUGAGAGAGAAGAAAGUGGCAUUUAAAGUAUGGCAGGUUGUAAAAAAUGUGAAUACAAGUUUAAAAGAUGAAAUAAAGGAAGUUUACAAGGAAUUUAAGAGGAGAGCAAAGAAGGCGGUAGCAGUGGCCAGAGCCAAGGCACAAGAGAAAUUGUACAACUCACUGAACAGCCCUAGAGGCCAGAAGGAACUCUACCGAAUUACGAAAGAGAGAGAAAGACGAUCGAGAUAUAUAACACAUAUCAAAUGCAUGAAAGAUGAGGCUGAUGACAUACCAUUUGAAGUAUGGAAGGUGUUAAAGACUAACGGAUGUAUGUGGUUGACUUUAUUCUUCAAUAAGUUGUUGCCUGAAGAAACCAUCCCUCAAGAAUGGUGCUGUAGUUCGCUAGUGCUCAUCUUCAAAAAUAAAGGGGAUGUACAGGAUUGGAACAACUAUAGAGGGAUAAAGCUCAUGUCACAUACUAUGAAAGUAUGGGAGAAGGUAAUAGAGAGAAGAUUGCGAGAAGAGAGUGAAAUUACCCAAAAUCAGUUGGAGUUUAUGUCAGGUCGAGGGACAAUGGACGAAUUGUGCGAGAAGUACAGACGUGCUCACAAGAACCUGCACAUGGUGUUCAUUGAUCUCGAGAAAGCCUAUGAUAGGGUGCCUCGUGAAGUGUUAUGGUGGGCAUUGAAAGGGAAAGGUUUGCCUGGGAAGUAUGUGGAGUUAGUCCGUGCUAUGUACAGGGGAUCCUGUACCUACGUCCGAUCGUCUGCCGGCAACACCGACCAGUUCAGUAUGGCUGUAGGGUUGCACCAAGGGUCGGCUCUAAGUCCUUACCCCUUCCUGCUAAUUAUGGACGCUCUAACGGCGGACAUACAGGAGAAGGCACCCUGGUGCAUGCUUUUUGCCAACGACAUUGUAUUGGUUAGUGAAGAUGGACCUGAGAUCCAGAGCAGAUUGGAAGAUUGGCAACAGAAACUGGAGAAUAGAUCUAGAAAUACUAAUCAAAAAGUCCGCGAGACUCAAAAGUACUAUGGACACUUUGCAAAUCUAACCAUGUGUUAA